UACCGGAAGUAACGUAUUACAGUUUACAACGAUGCUCGCUGUUUAGAGAGAAAUGUUCAACAAGAAGCUCCGCAGGAACUUUCGGCAGAGAAAGCAAAGCUCUAGUGAGGAGGAGGAGCAGCAGAAGAACGGCAGUGAAGGAGAUGAAGCCAAAGAGACUCCACCGGUGAUAAACAAGCCUCUCAAAGCGGCGCAGAGCCGCGGCAUCUCCUGCAGCUCCAAGCGGGAAGCGACGCCUCCGAAGGCGGACAGCAGUGAUGGAGAAUCUGGAGUCGAAACACUGGAAGUGACGGUGGACAGAACAGAUGGAGAAAAUGAAGGAAGUAAGACGAAAAGCUCCAUCCUUAGUUUCACAGACGAUAAAGAAGCAGAGGAAUCUACUUUUAAACUGAAGCGGUCCUCUGAUAAAGCUGUGGUCUUUCAAGUCAGAAAGAAGGAGACUCUGCCCACGAAGAAAAACCUCAGCAAAGCAUCUGGUGGCAGAGACGCCCCACCGUCUGUUUCUCCUAGACAUGAUGACAGCAGCGAGGAUUCACCGUGUGCUCAGCGUGAUGAAGAGGAUGAUGAUGAUGAUGAUGAUGACGAUGAUGACGAUGAUGACAUCAACAGUAAUGCUGAUGACAAUGACAGUAAUGGAGACGAUGCCAGAUCUACCUCCAGUAACUCCAACACUGACUCCAGUGUUUCUGUUACUAAACCCAUCAUCAUACCGAAAGCAGAGGAGAUUAAUGCAGCCAGGAGGAAGCGCCGUGCUGCUCGAUCCCAGAAGGAGUUCAUACCAUUGGGUAGAGAUGGUCGGAGCUCUGCUGGCAGCACCCCAGAUCACUACAGCAGAGGAGACGAAGAGGACAGGCUUGAAGAUGAUGACGAUGAUGAGCCUGACGACCAUGAGAGAAGAAUCGAGUUUGCUCCCCGAAUGAGGAGCAUUAGGGAGAGGAUUGCAGAGAAAAUAGGAGAAAGCAACAGCAGUCUGUCAGGUACCGAUGAGGAGGAGCAGGAGCUUUGGGAGGAGACACAAAUCGGGAAGGGAGUCAAGAGACGACCAGGGGAACAGAGUCCAUCUGGCAGCGAAUCCAGCAGCUACAGCAGCAGCAGGCGAGAAAGAGCAAGACAUAAAAAGAUCCCAAAGACCCUUCCUCCUAUUUCAGUGUCCAUGGUGAAGAAAAGGAUCACUGGAAAACUGGACUCCCUGAAGGAGGUGUACAGAGCGCGGCAGGCGGAGCUGAGGAGGAUGGAGGGUGACGCUGAGAAUGCUAGAAGCUCAUUGGAGCUGCUGGAGGAAAGUUCCUCUGAGGGUCAGCUCAGGUUUUACAGGACAAUGAUCCUCUACAUCCACAAUCUGGUCGAAUGUCUGCAGGAAAAGAUUGUUGAGAUCAACACCUUGGAGCUGGAAAUGCACACUCUGUUGUCUGACCAGAUGGAGGCGCUGUUGUCCCAGAGGCGUGAGAGGAUGAAGAGCGAGGCUGACCGCCUGCAGAGGCUCAGCUAUAAUACAGAGGAGCAAACUGGUAGCUCAGCACAGAAAACUGACCCUCACUGUGUGACGGACUCUGCUGUUAAUCUGGAUGAAAACGCUGAUGUACCUGAAGAUUCAGAGCCUUCGGCAGAAGAGGAGCACCAGCUGCAGAUUAGAAUAGCUGAUAUCCAGUCCAGGUCAAAGGCAGUUUUUGCUGACGUCCAAGAAGACUUCUACGAUGUUAAGAAGAUCUUGUCUCGAUUCGAGGACUGGAGGAGGUCGUACUCUGAGUCCUACCACAACGCUUACAUUUCUCUUUGUCUGCCCAAGCUGCUGAACCCCAUCAUCAGGCAUCAGCUGCUGAUGUGGAACCCGCUUAAAGACGUCUGUGCAGAAUUUGAAAACUUUCCAUGGUUCGAAGCGAUGGAGACAUUCUGCCAUGGCCACGGCCAUGAGGAGCUGGAGGACACAGACAGGCAGACGCUCUCUAGUGUCAUAGAAAAGACUCUUCUACCCAAAAUGACCAGCUAUGUGGAGCUGGUGUGGGAUCCUUUAUCCCACCAACAAACUGUCUGCCUCUCUGCGGUCUGUCACAGGCUGAAGGAGGACUACUCCAUCUUUGAAGGGGAGCAGACUAAACCUGUUAAGGGAUUCCUAGAAGCUGUGGUUCGGAGGCUCAGGAGCUUCGUAGAUGAAGAUGUCUUCAUCCCUUUGUAUCCAAAAAAGCUUUCUAAGGACAGAUUGUCUCCUCAACGCCGCUUCAGAGAUGAGCAGUUCUGGAUGGCUAUAAAGCUGCUGGUGAAUAUGGGAAAGUGGGAUGUGCUGCUUCCUGAGUCCACUUUGAAAGAAUUAAUGUUGGACAAACUGUUGAAUCGAUACCUGAUGAUCACCCUGUCCAGUCAGACGCUGUCCUGUGAGGUUUCUGCACACAAAAAGAUUGCAGACUGUCUGCCUGCCUCUUGGUUUGAAGGGGAGAGUAUCUGUUUGCCUCAACUGCAGAAUUUCAGGAACAAUGUCGUCCAGAAGGUUCACAGCCUCUGCAAACAGACGCCUUCCAAUGAUCCAAGCACCAGGUCUGCUGUGGUUGAAGAGCUGAAGAUUCUCAGUAGAAUGAGAUGCUACGACUCCAUCAUGGCUCUAACAACGAAAUACCACUUUGAAGACGUCAUCUACUCUCAUCAGCUGCUGAACCAGGAAGCAGAAUGAACUUGUUGAACUGAUUAACAGUGAUGUGCAGGAGCUGGAGCGCUUACAGCUCUGCAACUAAUUCUCACAUUUGUUGGAAUUUUUUGCUCUCUUCUACAAAGCAGUAUAUUUUUUAUGAUUAAAUGUUGAAAAUUAGUUUUUAUAUUCAGUGUCUUAUAAAGUUUAACUGGUUGGCAUUUCA